GUUUCGCAGAAAAUACUGAAUUUUCCUCAGUAGCUGUUGUCAAAUCUUUGUUUUGUCUUGUCAAUCUGCACAGUUGGUGAGACGUGCCUUGUUUUUUGAAGCCUAUAUUGCGCAGGCGUGAUCCAAUCUGAGCCCAGACAAAUGCUCUUGGAUAUAGGAUGGGAUCACCCCUCUGCUCUGCUAUCUUUUAACCUAUUUCUGCCUCUCGUGCAAGCCGAGAAAGUGCCAGCGGUCCACUUUUGUUGCGAUCCCCGUGACGGGAACCUACAAACGCAGACAACACGUUGCUGGCUACUUAAUUGACAAGCUACUGGAAUCAACCUGUGGAUGAUAUUGGUUACAUCAGAAGAUUUUAAUUUUGUUGCUCUGAAAUAACAUUGUCAUCCCUCCAGCCAUUAGGACGCACAGAUCUCUACGCUAUACCUACUGCGUUUAUGCAAGGAGAGACGCGCGCCGAAGUGGGAAAGAGAACUGAUUUCGGUUUAUGAAUGGCACUGACAUGGAGGAAAUUCCGUUUCAGAAAGUCAAAACCCGGAGGAAGAAAGGCCACUGUCCCCCCGGAUCCCCUUUAAAUGCUAUUGCCUGCGAGGACGAGUUUGACUGCAAGGAGCUGGAGUCCCUCUUUCAGAAUUACAAUUUGAAACUGGAGCAGACAUCGACUCUGAAAGCCCUGGCCGUUUUGAUCAUAAUGACUUCAACUUUAGCACUGGUGGAACUAAUGUCUGGUCCCAGUUUAACCAUCUCCAAAGGUUCCCAUCCUGUACAUUGUAUCAUCUUUGUGUCCCUUUUCAUUGUAACUAAUGUUAAAUACUUGCAGGUGACCCAGCUCCAGCAGAUCGUUAAACUAACCUUGCUAUUCGGCUUUACUUUUUCCUUCCUCUGCUGCCCCUUUUCCCUUGGAGCCUACGGGCUGGAGCCACCGACUUCCCCGGAGCAAGGAAUGUGGCAGCUUAUGCUGGUGACAUUUGUCGCUUAUUCGCUACUGCCCGUGCGGACCUUACUGUCUAUCGUGUUUGGGUUUAUGGUGGCUGUCUCGCAUAUCAUUGUCACCGCGACAUCUGUCACUGCCAAAAGACAGCCGCUCUGGAGAACGCUUGUGACAAAUGCAGUUCUUUUUGCUAGUGUAAAUCUAUCUGGAGUGUUUGUGAGGAUUCUGACUGAAAGAGCUCAAAGAAAAGCAUUUCUUCAGGCCAGAAACUGCAUAGAGGACAGACUCAGACUAGAAGAUGAGAAUGAAAAACAGGAGCGCCUCCUAAUGAGUCUUCUGCCCAGAAAUGUCGCUAUGGAGAUGAAAGAAGACUUUCUUAAACCUCCUGAAAGGAUAUUUCAUAAGAUUUAUAUUCAGAGGCAUGACAACGUCAGUAUCCUGUUUGCUGAUAUUGUUGGAUUUACAAGCUUGGCUUCACAAUGCACUGCUCAAGAACUGGUUAAACUUUUAAACGAACUAUUUGGAAAAUUUGAUGAAUUAGCCACAGAAAAUCACUGUCGCCGAAUCAAAAUCCUUGGGGAUUGCUAUUACUGUGUUUCAGGACUAACUCAGCCAAAAACAGACCAUGCACACUGUUGUGUUGAAAUGGGAUUGGAUAUGAUUGACACAAUCACGUCUGUAGCAGAAGCCACUGAAGUGGAUUUAAACAUGAGAGUAGGGCUGCAUACUGGAAGAGUACUUUGUGGAGUCCUUGGCCUGCGUAAAUGGCAAUAUGAUGUCUGGUCAAAUGAUGUGACGUUAGCAAAUGUAAUGGAAGCUGGUGGUUUACCUGGGAAAGUGCACAUAACAAAAACUACUCUAGAGUGCCUCAAUGGAGACUAUGAAGUUGAGCCAGGAUAUGGGCAUGAAAGAAACAGUUUUCUUCAGAAGCACAAUAUUGAAACAUAUUUUAUAGUGCCAUCACAUCGGCGAAAGAUUUUUCCAGGAUUAAUCCUUUCUGACAUAAAACCUGCCAAAAGGAUGAAAUUCAAAACAGUUUGUUAUUUACUUGUUCAGCUUAUGCACUGCCGAAAGAUGUUCAAAGCUGAAAUUCCUUUUUCAAAUGUCAUGACCUGUGAAGAUGAUGACAAGCGAAGAGCACUCAGAACAGCUUCUGAAAAACUAAGAAAUCGUACUUCUUUUUCAACUAAUGUAAUACAUAACACCCCAGGCACACGGGUUAACAGGUAUAUUAGUCGCCUGAUAGAAGCUCGACAGACAGAGUCAGAAAUGACUGAUUUGCAUUUAAUCACUUUGAUGUACAAACGUUCUGAAAGAGAAAAAAAAUAUCACCAACUCCAUGAUGAGUAUUUCACCAGUGCAGUAGUUCUUUCAUUGAUUCUUGCUGCCUUAUUUGGUGUUGUCUACAUUUUAAUAAUACCGCAGAGUACAGUUGUGCUAGUUCUUCUGGUAUUCUGCAUAUGCUUCCUAGUUGCUUGUAUCAUGUAUCUACAUGUUACAAGAGUACAGUGCUUUCCAGGGUGCCUGACAAUACAAAUUCGAACCAUUUUGUAUGUUUUUAUAGUCGUUUUAUUAUAUUCAGUGGCACAAGGAUGUGUGCUUGGCUGUAUGCCUUGGAAGUGGAAAGCCAAUUCAAGCAGUUCCAUAGUGAUCAUCAACUCCAAUGGAGUGAACAAAACAAUGACUGAGUUGCCAUGUGACACAGCUCAUUAUGCCUUCCUUUCCUGUGUUGUUGGGACUCUUACUUCUGCAAUAUUCCUGCGUGUUUCCUCAUUGCCAAAAAUGAUUCUGCUCUUCCUAGUUACAAUUUUGUAUAUAGUUAUUUUGGAAAUAAGUGGAUUCAGAAAAUCGGUUGGGGGAGGAUCAUUUUACUUACGAGGAUAUGAACCUAUCUUAGCAAUCUUGCUGUUCUUCUGUGCAUUGGCUCUUCACUCUAGACAACUGGACCUUAAGUUACGGUUGGACUAUCUCUGGGCUGUUCAGGCAGAAGAAGAGAGGGAUGAUAUGGAGAGAGUUAAACUUGACAACAAGAGGAUUUUGUUUAACUUACUUCCUGCACAUGUUGCACAGCACUUCCUAAUGUCUAAUCCUCGAAAUAUGGAUCUUUAUUACCAGUCAUAUUCCCAAGUUGGAGUGAUGUUUGCAUCUAUUCCAAAUUUCAAUGACUUCUACAUUGAACUGGAUGGAAAUAAUAUGGGAGUGGAAUGUUUACGACUAUUAAAUGAAAUCAUUGCAGAUUUUGAUGAGCUUAUGGAUAAAGAAUGCUACAAAGAUAUUGAAAAAAUAAAAACCAUUGGAAGCACAUAUAUGGCAGCAGUUGGCCUUGUCCCUACUACAGGAACCAAGGCUAAAAAGUCAAUUUAUUCUCAUCUAAGCACAUUGGCUGAUUUUGCAAUAGAAAUGUUUGAUGUACUUGAUGAAAUCAACUACCAGUCCUACAAUGAUUUUGUAUUAAGAGUUGGAAUCAACGUUGGACCUGUUGUGGCAGGGGUAAUAGGUGCCCGGAGACCACAAUAUGAUAUAUGGGGGAACACAGUUAAUGUGGCUAGCAGAAUGGACAGCACUGGAGUUCAAGGAAAAAUUCAGGUAACUGAAGAUGUGUACAGAAUACUCAAAAGGUGCAACUAUGAUUUUGUAUGUCGAGGAAAAGUAAGUGUAAAAGGCAAAGGUGAAAUGCUGACAUACUUCCUGGAAGGAAAAUUGAACAGUACUAGUCCGCAAUCAAGGUCAACUAGUCUGGAAAGAAAAACAUAUGCCUUUGGCAGAGUCAACAUUCAGACAAAGCUGGGUACAAGCUGCCCCUCGGUCUCAUCAGUAGCAAGCUUCACAGUGAAAGCUGGUCUUGGAACUCUUCAAGCUUCCAGUGCUCAUACAAACCAGACUGUGCUUUACCUUCCAUCAGUGCCAGCAAUGAAAGAAGCAUGAAAUUACCCUUUCUGAAUCAAGACAAAAAUCUAUGGUACUAAAAACAGACAAAAAAAAAAAAAAACAUUUUGCGGACAGUAUUCUAUGGAAAUAUCACCUCACUUGUUAAAUCUUAAAUCCAGAUAUGCCUAAAUUCUCAAUAGAAGGUCUUAGAUAAAGGCACAACCAUGGAUCAUUGAAAUCCAACCAAAGAAAAAGUUUGGAUUCCACUUAGAAGAACUUUUCGGGAAGGGAUUAAGGGCUAACACUUUGUUAGGAUAGGUACUGCAGUUUUUGCCAUACUAAUGUGCUUUAUCCUGUUUUAUCCACACUGCACAAUUCCAACAAAAAUAAUCCUUCCAAUACAGUUACAGAGCAUGUCCUGAGGGGUAUCCUAUAUAUCUCCCCCGUGUAAAGAAAUUGGAUUGAUAAUGUAAUAACAAAGUGAAGCUAUAGAGGACAAGCAGUCUUCCUGUAAUCUGAAAAGGAGGUAAAGUCUCUCAUGCUCUUUGUAGGACAAUCCAAACUCAUCUUUUUUUGCUCAGUGGAUGAAAGUGGGGGCUAACAUCAGAGUUGGUAUUUUUUUUUUUUGUUAACCAGCAUUUUUGCUUUGUUAAGUACAAUUACUGUUGAAUCCUGUUACAACUUAAUCUAAAACUGAGGAAAAACACUCAAAAUGGAUAUCAUUCUGUUGGGCGCAAAAGAAAUACAUUCCAUUUGGGUUGAUAUAUGAUAAGUUUUAGUAUACAUAUACUGUAUGAAUGAACCACAGUUUUUAACUGGUAGUUUAAGUUCAAUAUGCCAAGGAAAAGGGGUUUACAUAAUACUCUUGAAAGCUCCUUGAUUGCAAGCAAGGAACACUGCUGCUGCAGAAAUUCAUAAUGCAGGUAGGUACAGUAAAAUAUAAUAUUUAAUAUGAGUUAAACAUAAAUGAAAGAAUUUUAUGUAUACAAAUGCAUUUCAAGUAAUUUUUCAACAAUAAUUUUAUGUCUAUGUAGGAAAUGACUUUAUUUUAUUACUGUAUUUAAAUGUACACUAAAAAAAGAUUGCAUAUAUUUAAUGUUGAUUCAAUAACCAUUAUAAAUAAUGCACAGAUUAUGAUUUAAAAUAGGACUGAUUACAGAAAGGUUGUGGAAGAAACUGAAAAUUUUGUAGUGAAAUAUACACAAACUUAACGUCUUUCAUAUAACAAGUAUAAGAUAAUAACACAAGGAAACACAAUUCACUCUUCUUAAAAUGUCUGAGAAUUCUUUAUUUCAGAAACGUUAUUACUAAAACUGAUCAUAUUUAGGAUAUGCAGCCUGGAUAAUUUGUUAUUGCAUGUGUAAAUAGUCUGUCAGUUUACUUGUAUUCAUCUUUUAUACAUUAAUACAGGGUGAGAAAAUCACCAGGUCGUCCAAAAUGAAUAUGGUUUGAAUUUUGUUGACCCCUUAGGUGAUUUUAAAAAUUAAAAUAUUUAGGGAAAUCAAUGCAUUUCUCUACAGCAUCAAAUGAAAUAAGCAAGCAGAAAAUAUAUUUUAAAAAUAUCACUUUAAAAGUAUUUUUGAAAAGGAUUUUUUUUUAACCUUCAAUAUUCAGGCCUCAGCAGCAGAUUAUUUGUUGCAUAUCACUCUUCUGAACUGCAUUACAUCAAUACAGUGGCGAAAGAGGGGUUAAUGAUCAUCAUUCUUUUACAUUCUUUCCUCUAAAUGUGCGAAACUGUAUGAUAAAAAAGUAAUUUCCAAAAUGAAUUUAAAAAAAUCAGGGAACUUACUAAAGCUGUGAUAACAACUACAGGGGUAAUAGCAUGACUUUUUUUGCUUCUUUAGUCGCAUGAAGGUUAAUGUGGUCUUGUGCAAAGGAAUUUUUCAGAAUGUUAAAUGCUAUACAGGGGUCAUUUCACGGUAUUAAAGAAGAAAACCUCUUUAUGAAACAUUUUUAUUUUAUGAUGACUUAUAGUUUUUGAAAAAGAAAGUUCUAGUGUACCGCAAAGAAUCAAAACUGAAUGAACACUACAUUUUUGCUGAAAAGCUUUAUUUUAAAAUUAAUAAUAAUUAUUUGUUAUAAUGGUUGAUUUUUUAAUUUAUUCUUCCUCUUUAAACAGGUAAUUUGUUUAAAAUUUGCUAUUUUUGAUAUACAAAUUAAUAUUGAAAAUAAGUUUGUUACUACAUGCCAAACCUGUGCCAUUUUGCAUAAUAUCAUUUAAAGAACAUUUUUCUAACACCUUAAGCUGUUCAAACAAGAAUCUAAGUUAGAAAAAUAUAAUAAUUAAUUCAAUUUACCUAUAUGCAUGGUUGGAAUUAAAGUAUUUUUAGAAAGAAACAUACAGCGCUGUCAAAAGAAUCCCAUCUAGUGAAAACUGCAGCCCAACAAACAUAAUUUGCAAGAAAAAUUAAAAUGCAAAAGGAUAAACUGUGUUUCAACACAAAGAGCUGUUUUUAUUUGCUAAAAAUGUGCGAUCAAAAGUCAAAGUAACACUGUACAAUGAGCAGUUGAAAGUGAAAUGCUGGACAAAUCACCAGUGUAAUGACCAAGGGAGUCUGCUUUUUAUCUCGGCUCAGUGACAUCCUGCAACAUUGGCCAUUUGAAAAUGAAAGGUUCUUGCAGUAAAGCUGUGCAAAAAUCCAACCCGAAACAAACCACUGGAAAGAAACCUUCACAUUUGUGGGAUUCUUUACUGUACAGGGACAAUUAAUGAUACAUAGGUUUUUUUCUUAGAGAAGUAUGAAAUGGUCACAAAACAGUUCACAAUGAGACUUAGAUUUAAAUGUCUGACCAUACCACACUAUGUGAAAAAUUCAAAUCUCUUUCUUUAAAUAAACUUAUUAUUGCAUAUCACUGUUACAGGUUAAGCACGGAAUAAUUGCUUCUUUUAUUAAUUUUAUUCCGUACGUACAUGGGAAUAAAUAUAUAACUAAAAAUAUAUAUAACUAGGAGAGUAAUCCCCCACCCCACCCAAACACUGUGAGAAACAGUACACUCAUGGACUGAGCUACUCCUAACCAGAGUGGUAAUGACAGAGGGCAGUGACCUUCAACCAUUACAGAUUAAAAAUUAUAAAAAAAGAUAAAAAACAUGUGAGACUGAGCUCUCAUCAUCACCAACUGUUGAACAUCCCGCUACCCCAUGCUGGGUAACAAUUCUUGAUAUUGGCAGUAGAUGACCUAAUCCUCAACUUUAAGAGUUUAAGAAGAAUUAAAUUAAAGAAAAGAUUUUCAAGAGUGAUCACAGAGAGAGACAGAGCGUGUUUGUUUGGGACUUUCCAGCUAGUGAACAUCGCAAAUAUCCUCUCCUGGAUAGUAUUGAUACAGAGGCCUAGGAGAUGAAAAAUAUGUGGUAAGAAGGAAAUAAUGACAAAGUAUCAGUGAGGGGGCACUAGAAAGAAAAUUGGAAGAAAAUUUUGGGAGCAUGUGGGGAGCAGUAGUGAUAUAAAGCAAUAGUGGAACAAUCAAUUGCAAAGUUUUUAUGAGGGGAAUAAUUUUCUCUUGCAAUACAUUCUCCAAAUAUAUCUCUGGAUUAUAUGCCAUCCCAAGAGUAGCAAUACUACCAUGUUCAGAGUACAUAAAAUUCUCAAACCCGCAAAAUCCUGUGCUGGGUUGCUGGGGGUGGUUUAUGUGCCUUUCCCAGUAGCUUCAGGUAUAAGACACAAACCUGCCCUGAACAGGGUGCCUGCCCAUAAGAGGACCAACUAAUAUACACACAUACACUUAAGCUGAUGCCAACAGAAGGACAACUUAAAGCCAGUAAAGCUAAAACACACAUGGCUUUAGGGAUGUGGAGGAAAACCAUGCAGUCAUUGAGAGAACUUGUAAGAGCUAUAUGGUAACCAGUACAGGACUUAAACCAGGACACUGGAUCUGUUAGGUAAAAGUGCUAACCACUAUGACCCCAUUCUGCCCUCACCCUGAAACUAAUUUUCAUAUGUUUUAAUGGAAUGUUUUAAGAUAUUUCAAGAAAAAACUCAAAUAUUUUAUGGUAAACUAUAUUUAAUUAAUGAUUCCUCUAUGCCCUUCUGGUAGUUAAAAAAAAAUAAAAAAGUUAAUCUGAAAAAAUGGCUUUUCAUUCUAAUUAGUUAAGAUACAUGGUUAAUUAUCCAAUAAUCUAAUUAAACUAAGGUGCAUUAGCCAGAAAACAUUAAGUUCGAUCCACAAUGCAAUAAGGAGACAGCUGCUGUUUUUCCCUUAGCCUCUAAAGAAAUGAAGUAACUUUACAAAAAACAUAACUAAAAGGCACUAAAUGGCAUAUCGCUAUAUAUUUUAUAACAUAAGCUUGAAAUAUAUUGUUUGAUGCAUUACCUAUAACCCAAAAAGUGGUAAUGCAUCAAGCCAUUUUAGAGACAGGACUAUUUCAUCAUCUUAUUUUUUAAAUACUUGCAGUAAUUUUGCGGAUUUGCAGUGCUCAAAAUCUUAUUUGGGCCAUUGAGACAUUGCAUUUAAACAUGUACACCAAUAAUUUAAGAUUAGGAUUUGUUUAAUUUUCUCAAGUACUGUACACAUCGAUAUUCGAGCCACUCAUCUUCAACAUAUGAAAAAGUAAGAAAUUAUUGUAGCAGUUCUGAAUAUGGAUAUUAAUUCCAUAUGCAUUCUAACAUGUUAACAACAUGAUGCCUCUGAAGCUAGAAAACUAGAUGUUAUCAGAUGACCUGUUGAAUUGGUCAAUAUCAAUAUGAUAAUGAGACAUUAAGUUCUGGUGGUUUGGUUUAGGAGAGGGUUACAUAUUCACAUUUUCAUGAUGCUGAAAGAUUAAUGUGGGAGUCAGUCAAUCAGUGAUUCUCCAACCCGCUAUAUCCUAACAUAGGGUCACGGGGGUCUGCUGGAGCCAAUCCCAGCCAACAGAGGGUGCAAGGUAGGAACAAACCCCGGGCAGGGCGCCAGCCCACCGCAGGGCAUUUAAGUGAAAGAUUUAAGCAAAAUGUGCAUGCAAGUCUUAAUCAACAGAUUAAUUGUUGACAUGCACCACGGAGGGGAAAAAAUGUUUAAGAAAUCAGUCAUUAAACUCUAAACAGAUACUGAGUAUUGGUGUUUAACAGAGAAUAAUUUACACAAUAUUACAAAGCACAGUCCCUAAUAAUCUAAUCUUGUUUAAAUAGCACCAUUUUUAUAUGAGCACAGACGUGUGCCUGAGAAUUUACAAUAAUAAUAAGUAACAACAAGCUGUUUUAUUGCUAAUCUAUAAUCAGUUGUGUGAAGUAAACAACCUCGGCUGCAUUAAUAAGAUGUCUUCCUCUGAGAUGUGUUGGCCUAUUCCAGUUGCAUGUACUUUAAGUGUAUGGUUGAUCCUAAAUAUUCAAUAACAUCUCACACUACCAAAAAAAGGCUUUUUUUUAUUUUUCUGCCAAGGGUUGACAUUGUUUCAUUAAAGCAUUUUAAUUUACCUUUAAUUAAAUUAAGACUUGAACUAUCUGAGUUUAUCCAUUUGCUGUCCACAUUCAGGAAUCAAAAAGUUGAAUUCUUCCAAAAGUAUUAUUUUAUUAAAUAAUACAAUAUCAUUCAUCAAUAUUUUCAAAAGUGUUAAAGUUCCAUGAAUAUUUUGUGUUAUAAUUAAUUUAAAAUAAGUCAGUAAUAGGGUACACACACAUUUCUUUUGUUUGAGGAAACUGUAAUUUAAUGCCAUGAGGUAACUCAGAAAGCAUAUGAGGAUUGAAUGAGUGCAUCUAAUUCUUGUCUUGCCCAUAUAUUAAAACUUCUCAAGUUUUUUACAUUAUUUGGUAUUGCAGUGAGAAGUAUAGCUCUUGGUUAUUAUUAAUGUGUGAUUUAUUGCCUUAUUUAUUUUAACCUUGUACAGUGUUUUUACAUUUUUGCCUUUUAAACACUCACUAAUCUAGUUGUCUUAAGUUUUAUAAGUAUACUUAGCUACAUGUUUUAAACAAGGUGAGCUUUAAAGAAGACAAAUCAUGGCAUUUUUGCUAUGACUUAGUUUGGAAAUAAUUGAUUUUCACAGGUAUUUCAAGAUCUCAGUCCUUGCAUUAAAGCAGUAUGGAUAAAUGCUAUGAUGUAUUCUAACACAAUAUGAAGAAAACAUAAAAACUGCAUUUUGUGUGUAAUUCAGAUUUAUCUGAAAUGCAUAAUAAUUGCAGGUAGCUGUUGAAGUUGCAUCCCAAAAUGGAUUAUGCCAGUAUGCUGGGUUUUUUUUUUUUUUCAUUAAAGGAAAAGGGAACACAAGUUGCUUUUUGUUGAUAUAGCAAUAAACUAUAUAAGCUGUAUAUGUCAUGUUAGUAAAACAUGGGAUACUAUAAACAAACACAAUUACAAAUUUGUUCUCCAGAUGCAUAUCAAAAUCUGUUCUUUGCACAAAGGUUAUCAAACUCUAAUAAGAAUUGUAAAGGCGUAUGGAAAGUUAUUAUUAAACAUUUGUAUUUCUGUGCAGAAAAAGCAUGCCACUGAUAAAUAUGUGAUAGUUGACUGCCAAUGUCAUUUUUUUAUAUUUCAGCAUGUCCUUGACUCGGUACAUUUUUAAUGUGAAUAUAAUCUAAUAAUAUUCAGAUUUCUUGCAGUUAAAAAAAAUGAAAUGAUUAGAAAUAGAAUUUCUUCCCUUCAAUUUUUAUGAGCUAAAGUGAUAUUUUUGUGGAAAUGCAAACUGCACAUAUUAAAAUUUUGUAUCCACAUAUUUAUUUAUGUAUUUGUUUGUUUGUUUAUUUAUUUAUUUUGCACAGUCUAUAAUGUGUUAAAGGUCUCUUCCACCAUUGUCUCAGCAGCAUUGCUCUUGGUUUCUCAGCAUGUUAUUUAUGUUUAGUACUCGGCCUUACCUUUUAAUGGGUUAUUGCAGCUAUGGUCUUCUCUGUCUUGGUAGUGACAAAUAUAGCUGCAAUACAGAAAACUAUUUUAUUUAUUUAUUUUUUUUUUGUUUGUUCUAUACUGUCAAUAAGCAUGGACUAACAAAUCGGUUUUGCUUCAGUUGUAAUGCAUGAUGGCAGAAAAUAACUACUUGAAUGUAAAAACGCACUUAGUGGUAUCACAAAGUCUUCUAACAUCCUCUAUUGUGGUGCCUCAUUUUACGCAGUUAUUUUAAUUGUUAGAAGGAGCCGCUCCAAAAAGUUAUCGGUAGUUAGCAUUGUAGCAUCUGGAAAUCAGAAGAACUUUGGUAGUGUGUGCUGCACUGGCGGUAUCACACUCUUGUUCAUUAAGGGCAGGCUUGCACUUCACAUUGGGCACAAUCUGUGCCUAGCACUUUUCUCUUGAAAAAGGCUUAGCGUGAUAAAAUGGCCUUGACUUCAUUUAUUAUUAUGAGUCUUGCCAAUGAAGGCACAGUGUUUAUGAAUUUAAGAUACAGAUGCAUUGUGUUUGUUGAGGUUCUACCUGUUUCUGCUGUUAUGAUAAAACUUUUUGUGCAACAGAAACUACUCUUUGUGCUGCUUUGUAGUUUCUGUGGCCUGUGUGUUCUUCAGGGGCCAAACAAGGAGCAUAUUUUAGACGUAGAAGAGAAAUAUGUACAGUAGGCUGAAGGUGUUAUAUUUUCUAAAUAUUGUGGCCUACUGAAUAUUUUUUGUAACCAUUACAAUAGGUUUAUCUCGGUAUACAAUCACUGGUAAACAUUUAGGCUUUUAAUGUGAUUUAGAUAUUUUCAUAAUUAAUACGGGUCUAUUUUGUAAGUCAAUACAAUAUUGUAGAGUAUCUUCCAGUCUUUUUUCAAAAUUGGUAACCUAAUCUGAAGAAUUAAAUAUUUGUCCUAUUUUUUAUGUUACAAGUGGAUUGAUUAAAAUGUUAUAUGUGAAUGUACAUUUCUUAUUGCAACUUUUAUACUGUGUUUGCACUAUUAUGAUAAAUGGGAUAUUAUGAAAAAGUAAAGAAAAUCCUUGCUUGAAUUUA